CCUUUUACCAAUCGUGAACGCUUGACACAUUUUUGUUUUGCUCUCUGUAAUUUCAAAGUAAAUUUUCAGGAAACAAAUUGAAAUAUGAUCUACUACUUGUAACAGAAGACAGUUGAAAUUUCAGAAUCUUCAUUCAAAUUUGAAAUCCCAAAUAGAAAAUGAUAUACCAUUCACGAAAUUAAAAUUCGUCAUGUAUCGACAUUGUCAGAAUUUAACUAUAUUUUUUUAUAUACUGUGUUUUGAGGUGAUCUUCAUUAAUUCAAAAACAUCAACAUUGUGGAAACUGAAUGCUGACAAAACUAAGAUAAUAGAGGCAAGUCCUCUUAACCCUAUGAUUUCCUAUUCAAGUGAUAUGCCAAAGCAAAAUACUGUUGAAAAUGAUGCGCUUUUUGACAUUAUCACUUCUACAGAACAUUUUGGCCAGUCUUGGGUGAAACAAGCUGUGCAAUACUACUGUUCCAAUUGUGAAAAUGAAAAACAAAAUAUGAGUAACCAUCCAAACUAUGCAGUGGAAAAUUUUAAGACUCAAUUGAAUGAAGAAACUUUGGACUGCGGAAAACCCGUUAAUUUUACUUAUUUUGACAACUUGGUAGGAGUAUUGAAUCGAAAGAGACAUCCGAUUGUUCCUGAACCACAAGCAAUUUUGUAUUUCACAAAAGGUUAUGGGAAGAAUAAGAUUGAAGUGGAAGAGUUUGAUAUUGAUUCAUUGGAGAAAAGGUUAAAGAAGGCCAAAAAAGAAAAACCAAAAUCAAUUCAGUUAUAUAAUCAAAUAGGGAAUUUUUGGCGGAUAAAAGGUGAUGCAGAAAAAGCAAUUGAAUGUUUUCGUAGAGCUCUUGCAGCUUCACCACAUAAUGCUGAAGUACUUCUUAAUCUUGCUAGGGUGCUAUUCUCUUUGCAAUACUUGGACGAUGCCAUUUACUUAACAAGACGAUCUCUUGAAGUGCAAUCUCCAGAAAAGGGUGCUUGGCAGCAGUAUUUCACUUUGGGAGAAAUAUUUAAAGCUUAUGGGCAUUAUCAAGAAGCCACUAUACAUUUAAGGCACACACUAGAACUCAAUCCAGGCUUUGAGCCAGCUCAGUUGGCUCUCAAAGAGAUGGAGACUAUGCCCGCUGCUACUGUGCAUAUUUAUACAGUGGUCAUUAUAGCCUGUUUGGUACUAGGUGUUCUAUUAGUGAUACUUUCUUCUUUUGACACUGGGGAUUAUUCAGAUGAUGUUAAACCACAAAGGCACUUCAAUAAAGCAAUGGCAAUGAGAUCUCUGAGAGGUAUUACUAUGACUGCAAAAAAAUCCAAGAAGACAUCUACCUAGCAACGGAUUUGCUUAUUUAGUGACAAUUUAAUAUUUCAAGUCGAGAAAAGUUACUAGAAUGAUCUUUGUAUUUACUUCAAACACGUACGGUGUUUGAAGUUUUGGUUAGCUCAUUAAAGAAUCCAUUGUAUAUUGAAAUUAUUAUACUAGCCCUUUUGAGAAA